CCGCGGGGCAGAACCGGGGCCCAGCGGGGCGGAGAGAAGAAGUGCUCGUGGGCAUCCUACAUGACCAACUCGCCCACCCUCAUCGUGAUGAUCGGGCUGCCAGCGCGCGGCAAGACCUACGUCUCCAAGAAGCUGACACGUUACCUCAACUGGAUUGGGGUGCCCACCCGAGUGUUCAAUUUAGGGGUGUAUCGCCGGGAAGCUGUCAAGUCCUACAAAUCCUAUGACUUCUUCAGGCACGAUAACAAAGAAGCGAUGGAGAUCCGCAAACGAUGUGCCUUGGUGGCCCUACAGGACGUGAAGGCUUACCUCCUGGAGGAGUGUGGGCAGAUAGCUGUGUUUGAUGCAACCAACACAACUCGGGAAAGACGGGACCUGAUCUUAAAUUUUGCUAAGGAAAAUGCUUUCAAGGUGUUCUUUGUGGAAUCCGUGUGUGACGAUCCGGAGGUCAUUGCUGCCAACAUCCUGGAGGUGAAAGUCUCCAGCCCCGAUUACCCCGAAAGAAACAGGGAGAAUGUGAUGGAUGAUUUCCUGAAGAGGAUCGAGUGCUACAAGGUCACGUACCAACCCCUCGAUCCUGAUGAGUACGACAAAGAUCUUUCCUUCAUUAAAGUGAUCAAUGUGGGACAACGGUUCCUAGUGAACAGAGUCCAAGAUUACAUCCAGAGCAAAAUCGUCUAUUACCUAAUGAACAUCCACGUGCAGCCACGCACCAUCUACCUCUGCCGGCACGGCGAGAGCGAGUACAACCUCCUUGGCAAGAUUGGAGGGGACUCUGGGCUGUCACCACGCGGCAAGCAGUUUGCACAGGCGCUGAAGAAGUUCAUUGAGGAGCAGGAGAUCGUGGAGCUGAAGGUGUGGACCAGCCAGCUGAAGCGCACCAUCCAGACAGCUGAGUCACUGGGGGUGACCUAUGAGCAGUGGAAGAUCCUCAAUGAGAUUGAUGCUGGGGUGUGCGAAGAGAUGACGUACGCAGAGAUCGAAGCCAAAUACCCUGAUGAGUUUGCCUUGAGGGAUCAGGAGAAAUACCUCUAUCGCUAUCCUGGAGGAGAGUCCUACCAGGACUUGGUUCAGCGCCUGGAGCCCGUAAUUAUGGAGCUGGAGAGGCAGGGCAACGUCCUUGUCAUCUCCCACCAGGCAGUGAUGAGGUGCCUCCUGGCUUACUUUCUGGAUAAGAGUGCAGAUGAGCUGCCCUACCUGCGCUGCCCCCUGCAUGCCAUCCUCAAGCUCACCCCGGUCGCAUACGGUUGUAAAGUGGAAACGAUCAGCCUGAACGUGGAAGCAGUGAACACCCACCGGGACAAACCUUCCCUGAACUCAAGCUGCCUUCCCAUGAUCCAGAGCCCAGGCAGGAUGAGGAGGAGCAGCCUGACGCCGCUGGCCAGCACGGCCACGGAGCAGCGCCCGCGGCACCACAGCGUUGGGAGCGGCCCCACUGACCUGCAGGUUCGAGGUGCAGCUGCUCAACCCCGGCUGCAAACCACUGUCCAGGUGGUGCCCUGCUCUGCUUCCCCUCCCGUGCCACCCAUGUCACCCAACCAUGGCUGUAGUCCUGGCAGAAAUAACCCGAAAUGCCCAAACGCCACUGGGAAUCGUUCUGCGUUAGGCACUCUUAAAAUAAACAAGGAAACGCAUGAAAAUUUCUCCAUUAAGCUCGAAUUGUGGUGCCAGAGGUUUAUAAAACCCUGCCCCGUGCAGGCAAGCUUCCAUCAGUAGGGUGGUUCAUUCUGGGUCGUGCUUUCCAACAAAAGCUUGAUUGGAAAGAGUUACAAAUAUCAGCUCUGUCCAAAUGUGUUGGUGCAGCCAAGUGCUGCUCCAAGCUGGAGUGCAGUUGGUGGGGAAAUCCCUGUGCUCAGUGCCUACGUACGUUCCUAUGGAUCCCACCAGCAGCUGGUUGAGCAAAGGUUGGGCUCCUGGUGUUUGGGUGCUGCUUGUUUUUUGCCACCUAACACUUCUUUUGGUUUGAAAUCACAUUGAGCCCCAUAGGGUGGUAUGUGAAGCCCCGUUUGCUUCUUUGCAGGAUGAAAAUUGGUUCUCUUUGCUGUGUCCCAUCACAUGAGGUGGAGGGGGAGGGUGGGGGCUCCUGGUUGGGGUCCUUGUGCAUUUUGUUCCCCUCGGUGCAGUGUGAGACUUGUCAGUAAAACUGUGGCUCUUCUAUAGGGGACUUCAUUUUCAGAUAACAACAAACAGCUUUAACCUCAGACAUUUCACAGCUCGAUAUUUUCCAAGCUGUUUGCAGUUUUGCUGCUUGUAGUUGUGAUGCUGUAGCAUCAAAAGCUUUGAAGCUCAGGAGCCACUGCUUUCAAUGUGGGUGGGGAUGGUGAGUGCUGUCCUGGAGCUCUGCCCUGGAUGGAGCCACUCAAUGAGCUGCUGCAGCUCAGGUGCAAGCCUGCAGUGAUCUCCCUACCCUGAACCCCUUGGGUUGCUUCCCUUCUUUCCUCAUUUCCUUCACUCCUGUUACUGUUGCUUGUAAACUACCUUUAAAAUGCACUUUGAGCUCUCCUAUGCUGUUUCUUUUU